GGAGGCGAAAAGCAGACACUCCCCCUCCGAUUUAGAAAAGAUGAACACUACUAAACACACAUUAUCAUUUGUGCACGCCUUAACUACACCUUGAAGAAAAAAAGAAGAAGCAUAGAAAAAUAAUAAUAAAAAAAUAAUCAUCAUAAAGAAAUCAAUACGUCUGUUCACAGCCUACUGACACACACACACACACACUUACACAUACACGUUACUACUAAUGGAAAAACGAAUUACUUCAUCUAUUAGUGAUCAUGAAUUAGUGUCAGAUGAACGUGUUGCCAAUAGGAUAACAAACAGUAAUCAUAUUAAUAGUAGUAGUAAUAAUAGUAGUCGGAAUAGUAUAACAACAGACAGUAGAAAGCAUCAAUCAUUCAUAGGACAUUCCCAAUCAGUACAAAGUGAUCAGUGCACUGAUUUUUAUGCUAAUUAUCAUCAAAAUACUAAUCCUACUACUACUACUGCCAGCAAUACUAGUAAUAACAAUACCAAUUGGAAUUUACCGCGUCGUUGUCGGACACAGUCUUUCAAGCCACGAAUGGUGGCUAGAUCCUCUGUGAACAGUAAACAUCAAUUAACCGGGAAUAUACGUGCAAAUCUAUCAAAUUAUCCUAGUGAUCAACGCCUGUGUCAAUCGAAUCAACUGGUGACAACAGUUGACACACUUUCAGGUCGAAUAAGUCCAUAUAAUCAUCAUCAUCAAGAGACUGAAGAAGAGAUUAUUAGUAAUUUAUAUAUAACUAAAAAUCAUACAAUCAGUAGUCAUCAUAGUAGUAGUGGUAUUAGUAAUCAUAGUCAAAAUCAGCUGGUGGAUUAUAUGCCCAUUCAUUCUGAUCGAUCACCACUAGCCCCAUCCGUGUUCACUUCACCGAAAUCAACGUCAACAACAACAACGUCAUUGAUAACAACACCAACCUUCAUAAACAUGGAUUCACAAAUGAUGACCUCACCUUUGAGUCCUGAGAUUAUGAGUAAUACACCAAGAGAACCGCGUAUUGAUGAUUUAAUGAUGAAGAAGUCAACAAAUCGUACUAGUAGUAAUACAAGUGGGACAACAAAUACAGCAAGAUAUUUAGAAGGCACGAGAAAUAUUCAACGACGUGAAUCCAAGUCGUAUUCAUCAACUAUUUCACCUAUUCCAUUGAUAUCCUACCAUCAAAAUGCUAUCCCCACGGGAAUGGAUUUAUAUUCAACAUCAAUGGAGAAAAUAGCUUCACCGGAGAGAAGAUUAAUAAAUGAUGAAUCGGGUAUUUUGAGAAAGUUACAUCAUAAAGGUGAUUUAUCUAAACAGACAGUUAUGUCAAAAGCUCGUGUAGAACUAGUGCUUAUCUUCGUGAAAGUUGGUCAAGUCGACACUGUGAAUGAAAGAUAUCAAGCUGAUAUUUUCCUUCAGGCAAGAUGGCGUGAACCAUUACUCGAUGCUAUAUGGAAUAAAUCAAGUCAUAAGUCAAAAAGCGGUUGGCAGUCAAAUCAAACUGUAGAGAAUCCAAUGACGGAGUUAACACCGAAACGACAUUUGAACACGCUUAAAUUACAAGAUGAUGAAUUCUGGAAUCCUCGCCUGUUGAUCGAUAAUGCUCAGGGUGAACCAAUUGAAAUAGUCAGUCAUGAAGUGGAAUUUGUUGAACCAGAUUUUGAAGCAUAUCUUGUUGAAAAACGUCGAAUUAAAGGAGUCUUUCAUGAAACUUUAGAACUACGUCAUUUUCCAUUCGAUUGUCAGGAUUUAUCAGUAACAAUUACAUGUGAUCGGACCAUUGAUGAAGUUGAAUUAGUCGCUUCACCAACUGAAGUUAGCCAAGUCGACGUCAGAUGUGCGGAGGAUAGUCAAGAGUGGAAAAUUUUUCAUCAUGUUGAUAUAAAAUCAAUGGAAAUUCAAACAGGUUACAGUCCUGGAACAAGUAAACGUCGACAUCCUGGUCUAGUGUUUACAAGUCGAUCAGCACGUCGUUCUGGUUAUUUUAUGGUCAAUAUGGUGCUGAUUAGUUGUGUCCUCUGCCUAUUAUCCUUUGCUGCAUUCUCUGUACCAGCUAACGAAAAUCGACUCCAAUUAUCUUUAUUAUUACUUUUGACAACAGUGACAUUCAAAUUUGCCGCUUCGCAAAAUCUUCCAAAAAUUUCAUAUUUAACAUAUUUAGAUAAAGUUGUUCUAGUGAAUUUUUUCAUGCUUGUCAUACUGACAGUUUGGCAUGCUAUAGCACGUGCUGUUUCAGCUUCAAAACCAAAAUUUUUAGAAUAUGAACAUUAUGUGAUGUACAGUCUACUCAGUUGUUAUUGUCUUGGCUCAGUAUUUUUUGGAUUAACUGUCUAUCUUGAUGUAAGUUAUUCAACUUUGUUCAUUUUGUAUUUGUAAACUUACUUUGUGUGUAUUUGUUUCCUUUCUAAAGUUUUUUUCAGUAAAUUCAUAAUGGAG